UGUGUACGUUUAUUUUGAAUGUUUUUACCAAUUUCGGUCUUACUACGUAGGACUGGCCACUUACAUCAGCUGCGUUGAGAAAAAUCAAUCACAUCUUCCCGCCUCCGUCGGUUUCCAAGUGGAUAAUGGCUGAGGAAGGAGCCGCGGCUCCUGGAGGAGCCACUGAGAAAGUGAUACAUACCUAUCCGCUUAUAAGGCACUCGGAUAUGUCAGAAGAAAUGCGCGUAGAAGCAAUGGAGUUAUCAGUAACAGCGUGCGAAAAGUUCUCACAAAACAACGAGCUGGCCGCCCGCAUGGUGAAGGAAUCCAUGGACAAGAAGUUUGGGCCUGCCUUCCACGUGGUGGUCGGCGAAAGUUACGGCUUUGAGAUCACAUAUGAGUGCACCACCAUAUGCUAUAUGUACUUUGGUGGGAACCAAGCGAUCUGUAUUUGGAAAUGCUCUUGAAAUUCUCGAUACACGGCUAUUGAUGUGCUGGACAUUUCCAUAAACGUUUAAAGUAUUUUUUACAAGUGCUCACUGUGAUUAUAGAAAUUGGUUUCGUGAUUACAUACGGUAAGCUGGUUAUGGUCGUCUAUUAUAUUUACUUUUUUUUUAAACAUGAAAUACUUAGAAGUGAAAAAUGCGGCCGACAUCCGAAACAAUACUACAUUAUGCUUUCUUAUGCAAAGUAGUUUGUUACAUAAAUGAGAACUUUGAAAACAAUUUCGAGACAUCAUUAACAUAUUCUUUUCUAGUAUUCGUAUUUACUUAGUAUUGAUUUUUCGAUGUUUUACGUAUUGAGCAUGUCGUACACUUCACUCAGAAUAAGUAUCUAACCGAUUUCAAAAAUAUAAUUUUCUUUUCAAUUUUAUUCCUGUAUGUUACGUGAUACCUAUGCCAUAUGAACUAUUUCAAUUAUAUUUAUAAUCGAGCUAAUAAUAUUUCAAAAUUUUACUAAUGUGAAAGUGAGUUUAUUUGUUCAUUUUGGCACUUUAAUUGCUCAACCAAUCGUCAUCAAGUUUGGCACACGUACUAUUUGCGGUAGAUGACAUAAUUUAUUAAAUAAAAAAGAAAUACGUUGUUUUCAAAAAUAAUAUUUUUAACAGUAUUUAAGGCCCGUGGUAGAUAUUCAAACUACGUCCGGAAAAUAAGGACAGUAAUUUAAAUGUGCUUGAAUUAAUAAUUUUAGCAUAUGACUGUGCCUAAAAAUAUAAAUUAUAGAAAAUGUGUAUAAAACGAAAACUGUUCACACUAUCUUUGAGUUUACCCACAUACAUUAUAAAUGGAACCAGGUCAAAGCAAUGUGAAACGCAGGCCAAAGUAAGAAAGGAAUGUAUGGCGCAUUCUUAUGAUUUAUGAAUGCGUAAUACAUACAUUUUUCGUAUCUAAAGCCUUCUAAAUUGGUGGAGCGGCACCUACUUAUUGGGUUAAGUUACAUGGAGCAAUGAUCUCACAAUGGAUGUAGGGCUAAUAUACAGCUUCAUGAUUGAUUGUUCUAAUCAUGAACUUUUAAUAUUGUAAGAUCAUCGUUAGUUUAUGCUGUGAUAAUCAGUGACGGAUGAUACAUGUAGAUAUGAAGUUGGUCGAUUAGUCCAUCGUGACAAAUUCACAAAUAAAUAACUACGUUGAUGUUUUUUUUUACUGGUUGACAAUGGAAUGGUAACCCCGCCUGCGCCAACGAUACACUACGUUGGCAGGGCAGCAGUGAGAGAUGAUAUGUGAGAAUGAAAAGGCAGAUUAGUUAGUCCAUCGUGAUGAAUACGCUUGGAAUUUAGCACGAUGGUUUCCAGGGGGAAUCACGGUGAGGUCGAUUUGGUUGGGUAUACUGCUUGCAAUGGGGCCUUAGUCCCCAUUGCUAACAAUCCCUCCUCCCCCCUCACUACGUUGAUGUUUCCCAGAAGGACCGUGCGGGGAUCGAUUUGAGAGGUGUAUUGCUAGCGAUGCCUUGUGUCAGAUUAGUUAUGCCCUUGGUUUAAAUAUAACAAUAGGGAUCCAUUUUGUCUAAUAUUUUUGUAAAUCAAAAUCAAGACAACCAAGGUGAAGUGUGUAAUUACACGUAUUUAUAGUCAAAGGUACUUAAAGUCCACAAAAAGCAAACGGUGCCUAAUAAUAAAGUAAUUAUUUUUUGUCAAUUAUGGUGUUUAGUCAGCCUUGAGCUGGGUACGACUUCCGAGAUCCUAUUGUUCACUGAGUCAUGAUUCGAAAUGAGUAACUAAGCAACGACAAGUUUAUUAAAUGAUAUAAUUAUUGUCAAUUAGAUGCAUCAAUUUUUAUGAUUGUAUUUUGUGUAUUGUAAGUAAUUAUGAUACAGUGUGAAGGGUGGUCGAAAAGGCGUACGCGCAGGCCGCAGGGUUCAAACAUACAAGAGCGUCGAUUCUUAUGUGCUAUUUUUUUAAACCUUAAGAGAUAUUUAAUUUUUUUAUUUAAUAAGUUUAAAUACAAAAAAUAUACCUGUAUUUAAUUUUUGCUAGAAACAACAUCCAUUACCGCAAAAUUUAGCUAAGUGGGUUACUGCGAAUGCGGUUCAUAAUAAACCCACAUUUUAUGCGUCUUUUUUACCACUCUUACACAGGGUCAAAUGUAAUGAGUAUACUAAGCAAAGAUAUAGUGAAAGUAUUCAUGUAAGUCUCCUCUCUUCCAGACAAAGUGCCGCCACCGAAACCGCGUGGUCACGUAAUCAUUAAGCACAUACGAAAAUUUUUUAAAAUGUUUUUGUAUUACGACUGACCAUCCAUUUUUAGGGGUCCGUACCUUGAAUGAAAAAAACGGAACCUUUAUAGGAUCACUUCGUUGUCUGUUUGUGAAAACACUUUUUCUUAGGAACGCGUGGUGGUGUCAAGUUUAGAUUGAUAUCAUAUUAGGUCUGGUCAGGUUUGCAAUCUCUUAAAGCAGUAAAAAAAUCAAAGAUACGGCCUUUUAUGUUCCAUUUAUAUCGCAUAUUUUGACAUUUGCAAAGGGAAUCAAAACCUAUAGGGUACUUCCCAUUGACCUAGAAUCAUGAAAUUUGCCAAGCAGCAAUAUCAUGUAGCACAAGUAAAGGAAAGAUCCGGAAACCAUAAAUUUGUAGUUAUUUCACGAAAAAAAUUAAAAUUGAUGAUUUUGUACGGAACCCUUGUUGCGCAAUUCCAACUUUCACUGGACCGGCUUUUUUAUUAUUGCACGACAUGUGACCACACCAUCCUGACUCAGGAUUCCUGAGCGAACACAGAGACAACACGGUCGAUGAAUGCAAUCAACCGAAAAAAAAUUUUUUUUUGAUGAGUGAAAAUGCUAUGGUAACCCCGCCUGCGCUAACGGGAUACGCUGGCGGAGCACCAGUGAAGGGUGAUAGAUGAGAAUGAAAACAGGCCAGUUAGCCCAUCAUGAUGAAUUCAUCAGGAAUUAACCAUGAUAGUUUUCAGGGGGAACCGCGAGGAGGUCGACCUGGUUGGGUAUAUUACUAGCAAUGGGAUUCACAGUCUUCAUUACUAACAAUCCCUCUCCCCCCACCGAAAAGACUUUGUAGACUCACUAACUGCUUUAUCACGCUACGUAAAGCUCCGAUCGAUCUUGACGAUAUAAGUAGUUUAGUUUCAUAAUAUAUAUAAAUAUUGUCACUUGAUUUUAGCUUAGUAUGUUCAAUACAGUUAACCCUAUUUAUAAACCUGUAUAUAUAAUUUUAUAGUUUACUCUAGAAUUAUCUACUUACGACGCUAUGAUGAAGCGAGUACAAAACAAUAUGGCGGCCAUAAUUGUAACCAGAGUUAUACAAUAUUAUAGAUAUAUAUUAUUAUAAUUAAAUGACGUAUUUAUCAGAGAUUAUUGUGUGGUGUGUGGAAAUUUUAUAACUAAUAUAUAGUUUACAUAUAAACCAACCUUAUGUUUAAUUUUAGUACCUUUAAAUCCCAUUAUUUGGACUUAUAUGCAAAAUUUAAUGACAAUAUAUUUUUUUUUUAUUUUUUUGCUGUUUUAAAAAAUAGUUAUUCUUAUUUGCAGUUGUAUGUCCGUUUGAUUUGAAUAAGUUAAUAACUAACUACAUAUUAAUAUGUAGGUGUACAGA